AAUCAUAAAGAAAUUGUGUUCCUCUCGUCUAAUUAGAUUACGGAAGUAAGCCCUAACAGAGAUUCCGGCGAGAUAGAACCCCAGAACAGAAUCAAUGGAUCUCCUCAAGCAAGAACUUCUCAAGAAACGUCAAGCCCUAGCUACUGAAACCGGCGGCAAGCGCGUCUUCAAGCGAUCCGAGAUCGAACAGAAGCAAAUCCAGCAGCUGCGAGAGAAAGAGAAGCGCGAAUUGGAAGCUAAAGCUCUCCGCCAAUCCUCCACCACAUCUCCCAACGCCGAGGCCACCUCCGCAUCUUCCAAAUCCAAUUCAUUAGCCUCGGCCUCCACUACUUCCUCCUCUGCUGCAAUCAAUUCUACCGCCACCACUUCGAAAUCCCUAACGGACGAGCAGAACAUCGACAAUCUCGUCCUUCCCAGACAGGAAGUGAUUCGGAGACUCCGGUUUCUGAAACAGCCCAUUACGCUUUUCGGGGAAGAUGACGAUGCUCGGCUCGACCGUUUGAAGUUUGUGCUGAAAGCGGGGCUUUUCGAGGUGGAUAGUGAUUUGACCGAGGGACAAACCAACGAUUUUCUUCGGGAUAUUGCGGAGUUAAGGAAGCGGCAGAAGACGGGGAUUUUGAGCGAGAGGAAGAGGCAGAAGAAGGAGGAUGGUGCUGGGGAAGAGGGAGAUGGAGGUGGGGCUGAUGAAGAUAGUGCCGAUGGGGGUUCGAGUGGCGUCGACGCUGACAAAGAUUUGAAGAGAAUCAAAGCCAAUUUUGAUGAGUUAUGUGAGGAAGAUAAGAUAUUGGUGUUUUUUAAGAGGUUGUUGAACGAGUGGAACCAGGAGUUGGAUGAAAUGCCUGAAGCAGAGAAGCGGACAGCCAAAGGGAAGUCUAUGGUAGCAACAUUCAAGCAGUGUGCUCGUUAUUUGCAUCCUCUGUUCAAGUUUUGUAGGAAGAAGGUUCUUCCCGACGAUAUUCGGCAAGCAUUGUUGGUCGUUGUUGAAUGCUGCAUGAAGCGAGACUAUCUAGCUGCCAUGGAUCAAUACAUUAAGAUGGCUAUUGGAAAUGCCCCCUGGCCUAUUGGUGUCACUAUGGUUGGUAUUCACGAACGUUCAGCUCGUGAGAAGAUCUACACCAACAGUGUGGCCCAUAUCAUGAAUGACGAAACAACAAGGAAAUACUUACAAUCAAUCAAGAGAUUGAUGACAUUCUGUCAACGGCGCUAUCCAACAAUGCCAUCCAAGGCAGUAGAAUUUAACAGCUUGGCAAAUGGUAGCGACCUGCAGUCCCUGCUAGCUGAAGAGAGAGUUUCUGGAGGAGGCAAGCAGGGAUCUGAUGAACGGCUACGAAUCAUGCCCGCCCCCGAAGAUAGCUAAGCAAGUUACAAUAUCCUCUCCUGGCUGCUAUUCUUUACAGUCUUCAUGAUAUAUAAUCUAAAUCUCCUCAGCAUAGUUUGGUAGUCAUUGAGUCAAUUUCUGAUUACUGUUUGAGAUUUAAGUCUAUCGACGGCCAAAUACUUGCUAUCAAAACGUUGACGACGAUUUGUCGACAGUGUUUUCAGGCCAUAGAAUUCAAGAGCUUUGUGAACAGUAUGACCUGCAGUCCCUGCUAGCAGAAAAUAAUCUGGACGAGGCAAGCAGCGUGUUCCCAACGAAGUGGUUCGAAACACGUUCGCCCCAGAAGAUCGCUACCCGGUAAGAAGAACCUCUCCUAGCUGCUAUUCUGUAUCUGUAUGAUAUCUGAAUACUGAUUGAGAUUUUGAAGUCUUUCAACGUUCUUAAAUUAUGGAACAGUGCUUCAGAACCUUCUAUUUUGUUGAGUAGGAUGACAAGACAAGUGCAGUAGGAAUAAAUAAAGUCACUAUCACUGUAGUGGAUUCCCAA